GAGAGGAGUGCUAAUAUCGACCCAAACACUCCACCAGAACUACAUUGUGGCAUUCCGGAGCUUACGGUUCACGUGCAAGGACAUAUAACGGAUUGGGGAGGGACCAGUUCAUAAAGGUCGACACUUUGUGGCCAUGUCGACCAUUGCUCAGAUGUUUGCGUAUGAGGAUGGUAGUUUGGCGGGAGGAUACAGCACCGAGAACUUCAUGGAGGCCAGAGUUAAUAUCCGCCUCGUCAUGAUUUGUGUGGAAAUUUGUCUCCGGAACAUUUCUUGUAUGAGCGUUUUCUACAAUACGGUAACCAAGACAUGCAGGCUUCACGAAAAUGUCUUCUAUAACACCGACUCCUUCGUGAGUGAAGCAGGGUGGCACUAUUACAGAGCAGUCGGGGAUCCGAAAUGUGAUGUCUACAAUGGCUUCGUCCAUCAGCGAGAUGCUGGAUUUUGCUAUCGGGCAGAAUCGGACCUUCUCACCAAGACUCUUGCAGAUAGCGCAUGCGCUGCGAAGACUUCCGCUCUAGCAAUUCUGGAUAGUCAAAAGAAACAGGAUGUUGUGGUUGCCACUCUCAACCUGUUGUCAACAAAAGCACCUGCUGCAGUGCAGGAAACGACUGUGGAACCAGUACUAAAAGGAUGCUACUCUACCGGCCAUGUUGUUAACAUUAAAAAAGAGUUGACCAAUAUAGCGAUGACAGUGCAGAUGUGUUUUGCUAUCUGUCAACCGCUGGGUAAGACGCACACCCUGCUUGAGAUUCAGAUAGAGUGUUACUGUGGAGAUCUUCAGGCUGCUGCUACAUCAUUUCCGGACUUAACUUGCAAUAAGAUAUGUGCUGACGGAAAGUGGUGCGGAAACCUUAGUGGGAUGCUGGCAACAUAUGAACAUGUCUCCACGUCUACAGCUGGUCCUAGUUUCGUUGGAUUUUACAUAGGAGCAACAUUAAACACGGCAACCAAUCAAUGGGUGUGGAGGGAUUCAGUAAUACUCACAUACAACGAUUUCGAUGCAGCAGACGAUUCACUAUUGUCAGAAACUUGUGCUGUGAUGGCGUCGGAUGUUUCGUACAAGUGGUAUUCAGAAGCAUGUAGCUACACUGCUGGAUAUAUCUGUCAAGUUGAUAUCUAGAUUGUUAUGAAUUACAAAGUAUCAAAAUGCCACGCAUCAUGAUGGCAUUUCAUUUCACAGAUAUUUUAUUGAAUCAAAUACUGUAUACAAACUCAACAUGAAUUAUCAUCAUGGUGGCAUCGAUUAUGGAAUACAUGUGCUACCUGCUUAGCAUAUUUGUUACCUUGAUUUUAGAUGGAUAUUUAUGACGCUAUAGCCUAACAUUGUCAUAUGGCGUAAUGGCUCCGCAUUUUAGGUACAUUCGAUACCACAAACCGUGCACUUACAUUACGUGGUUGAUUUGAGACGACUAUGACAUCAUAGCGUUAAUUGUCACGUGCCGUGAUGAGGACUGCUGUAACGUAUCUAUUUUAUUCGAUCGGGUGUACAUGGACCUGCACCUGUAAACGAAUGAUGUCAUUCUUUGGAACUGUAAAUUGAUAUAACAUUAUUGCAUUGAAAAAUAAUUUGAAUGAAUGCAGUACAUAUAGCAUUAAAUAAUUAAUGCUGAUUUAAAUACACGCACACAUAUAGAUUUGAACUUAACAAUAUUUUAUUUCUAUUACCUUUGCAGGUUAAGGACUUUUGCCAUAUAUAUGUUUUGAGUGAAUUUGUUAUAAAACUUUACUUUUAAGAAGGUUUUUUUUCACGAGAAGAUAUGUCGCUCAACUGUUCAGCACAAAUAUGUAAUAUGGAUAAAUAUACGACAGUGUCUCAAACAUCAAAAACCCAAAGCCAAUACUCACUAAAAAGUAGCGUAGUCUGUCAGAACUACUGAUACCCCUGAACAUGUGUAUAUCGCUAUUAACACAUUUCGCCAAGGGCAUUCUAUGAUUCCACUAUUCAUUGCUAAAUUGUUAAUUAUUCAUACCCCCAUCUACUUCUCCUUAUUAUUGAUAUGCCUAUACAAAAAUAAGCAAUGCUAAUUGUAAAUUAAACAAAUAUGCAAUGCUAAUUACUAAUACGCAAAUACAUAAAUUUCUGCUAAUUACUGUUACGCCUAUUCAUAUAAACAUUGUGAAUUAAAUUAUGUAUAUUUAUGUCAGGCUUGAUAAUUAAAGUUCAGAAACUGAAC